GUGUAAUAAUUAACUACAUGCUUAUGACUCCAUCUACGAUAUUUUAUACUUUGCAAUUGCCAUAACUAUUAUUAUUGUUAGAUUACAUUUCAUUAUCGUUAUUCCCAUGGCAACCAUAUUGAUUAACAAAGUAAUUUGUAUGUUAUCAAUAACUACUUCGUAAACUACGUAAUUUUAUUAUCUUGGUCUAAUUCAUUCAUUUUCGUUAUCUUCUUUUAAAUAUGAAUGUAAAUGAAGAAGCUCAGGCAGAUAUUACAGAGCCAAUAGAUGAAGAGUCAAAGUUAAAAAUCAGGCCUCUUGAACGUAUUAAACGCCACCCGAAAGUUCCAAUAGAGCCCUCUGCUUAUGGCAAAGGAAAGAAUUACAGCAGGCCCUGGAUUCUACAGGAUGGACGCGAAGUACCUGGGCAAGGCAGCGAAAUGCGCGAUAAUUACAGAGUACCUCUGAAAGCCCAACGCGGAGAAGGUAUCCGUAAACGAAUGCUUACGGAUUUCUUUUGGGAACAAAUGUUGGAUGAAGUUAUAGAUGAAUUAGCGACAUCGCAACCGGUUAUGGAGUAUUGCACUGAGCACGAUGCUAAUUAUAUAAAAGAAAACUUUGAACCACGUAACCUAGAAAUUACAGCAGAUAAGAAUAUGCACUUAAAAUAUCCUCUGUAUGGUACUGGAUCGAGUGCUAUUACUUUCUACAGUGAAACAAUAAAGAAAACUGGACCAGGUGAAAUAUUGGAAAAAUUCCGACGAUGUCAAUACUUCACGAAGCCAAUGGAAGAAAGACUGGAUGAUGAAAAAUUCAGGGGGUGAGAGCAAAAGGAACUACAUAGCACUUAAGAAGCUUGAUGUCCAAUUCCUCCCUGAAGUCGUGUUGGACCUUUAUAUGUUCAUUAUCAUUGCCUGUGAUAUAAAUGUUUGCCUAGAAGUAAUAUUAUUCUGUCAUAAAAACAUAAUAAAGAAAUACAUGUUUAAAAAAUGUAUACGAUAUAGCGAACAUUUGACAGGACAAGAAAAAUGAACAAUAAACAACGUUAUACAGAAUCAGCCAAUCAUAUAUGUAUUAUAGGUAUUGAAAUGUAUUAACGUAAUUUUGACUAGUGAAUAUUAUGAUAAUGGAUAAUGUCAUUUCAUUUGUAAAAUUCAAUAAAAUAUU